CAUAAAUGACACUCGACUGCUCCCUACUAAGCCAGUUGUUGCGUGCAAGUUACAUCUUUAGACGAAGUAGCAGCAGUUGGCUUCUUUAUACUUGUUCCUGAGAUGGUGGGUCCUAGACUAGCCGUGUUGGCAGCCCUGCUGGCCUUGGGAACGACCACGCCCACUGCCCUGCCAUGGAAAGACCACACAACAGGAGUGACUCCUGUCGCACACAUCACGGCAACAGCGACAACGACCGCGAUGCCUUCCCCAGCAGCGAGGGUCCGCGGGGUGGGGGCAGCGCCUGUCACUGCGACAGUGCGUGUCCCGGGAGCAGUACCUGUCACUGCGACAGCACAUGUCCCGGGAGCAGCGCCUGUCACCGCGACAGCACGUGACCCGGGAGCGGCUCCUGUCACUGCGACAGCAAGUGACCCAGGGGCAGCGCCUGUCGCUGCGACAGCACUUGACCCGGGAUCGGCUCCUGCGCCUGGCCCAUACAGCCCCGAGGACACCUCGCUGGAACAGGAGAGCUCGGAGGAAGACUCAAUGGAGGCACAGCACUUGGCCAACAUCAUAGUAGCGUAUCCUCUGCAGAGUGCGAGCAACGGCCUCGUCAAGGUCACCUACGGCAGCCGCAAGACCUCCUACAUGCACGUGGAGCAGAUCCUGCGCGAAUGAGCAGCGCAUGUGGAGGCUCCACCUGCUCAGCCCCGGUCAAUUAACUCAAUGUACAGUUAAAUGUGAGCAUUUUGGUUUAACCCAUCAUUUAUAAAUUAUUUGAUGGUUAGAUCAUUAUUUUUCCAAUUGUUGUCUCUUUAAGACUCUUGAGUACAUAUUAAUAUUUUCAGAUAGACUUUAGUACAUAUAAUUAUUUGGUACUUCUUGUCGACUCAGCCAUUAAAAUCAUUUAAAGAGCUUAACAUAUAUGGCACAGUAUUAUUAGGUUUUUUAAAAAUUACAAUUCAUAUUAUAAAAGUUCAAUUUAAACAUGUUCUAAAUAGUUUGUGCACUCAGGUUCCAAAAAUUAUAUGUUUAACGAAGUGAGUGAACCAGUAUCACGCCCAUCAACAAUGGAAGUUGCAAAGUUUUCUCUGGAAUUCCUGUUCUGUGAAAUUUUUAAAGUGUUAUAUAAAUACUAUACCUAAAAUUACUGAACUAAAUAUUGUUUUAUGUGAAAUAAGGCCUCAUAUAAAAAUUUUUUUUUAAUAAAAUUACGGUUCACAAAA